AACUAAAAAACCUUAGUUACAACGGGAAGUUUAGGAAUUUUCCCAGACCGUGAACACACCAUUCUCCAUCUUCCUCCUUACCAGGGAAGGGACCAACCUUCGUCCUGCUGCACCCCAUUGGAAAUCCUUCGUGUCAUUUAUUCAACAGAUAACAAACACCACCACCAUGACAGACUCCAAAUAUUUCACUACCAACAAAAAAGGGGAGAUCUUUGAGCUGAAGGCGGAGUUGAACAAUGAGAAGAAAGAGAAAAGAAAAGAGGCAGUAAAGAAGGUCAUCGCUGCCAUGACUGUUGGCAAAGAUGUCAGUUCUUUGUUCCCAGAUGUGGUGAACUGUAUGCAGACUGACAACCUGGAGCUGAAGAAGUUGGUCUACCUUUACCUAAUGAACUACGCCAAAAGCCAGCCAGACAUGGCCAUCAUGGCUGUGAACAGCUUUGUUAAGGACUGUGAGGACCCUAACCCUCUGAUCCGGGCUCUGGCUGUUCGCACCAUGGGCUGCAUCCGGGUGGAUAAGAUCACAGAGUACCUGUGUGAGCCGCUGAGGAAGUGCCUGAAGGAUGAAGACCCGUAUGUAAGGAAGACAGCAGCUGUUUGCGUGGCAAAGCUGCAUGACAUCAAUGCUCAGAUGGUGGAAGAUCAGGGAUUCCUGGACUCCCUGAGAGAUCUCAUCGCUGACUCAAACCCCAUGGUUGUUGCCAAUGCAGUCGCUGCUUUGUCGGAGAUCAGCGAGUCUCACCCCAACAGCAAUUUGCUGGACCUGAAUCCCCAGAAUAUCAACAAGUUAUUGACGGCCCUUAACGAGUGCACUGAAUGGGGGCAGAUCUUUAUCCUGGACUGCCUGUCCAACUACAACCCCAAGGAUGACCGAGAGGCUCAGAGCAUCUGUGAGCGUGUCACUCCACGACUGUCUCAUGCCAACUCAGCUGUGGUCCUGUCCGCCGUAAAGGUCCUGAUGAAGUUUCUGGAGCUGCUGCCAAAGGACUCUGAUUAUUACAACACAUUGCUGAAGAAACUAUCUCCCCCGCUGGUUACCUUGCUGUCUGGAGAACCAGAGGUCCAGUAUGUGGCUCUGAGGAACAUCAACCUUAUUGUUCAGAAGAGACCUGAGAUCCUGAAGCAGGAGAUUAAAGUGUUCUUUGUCAAGUAUAACGACCCAAUCUAUGUGAAACUGGAAAAACUAGACAUCAUGAUCCGUUUGGCCUCUCAGGCCAACAUUGCUCAGGUUUUGGCCGAGCUGAAGGAAUAUGCCACAGAAGUAGAUGUUGACUUUGUGCGCAAAGCUGUUCGAGCUAUCGGACGAUGUGCCAUCAAAGUGGAGCAAUCGGCUGAGCGCUGCGUCAGCACUCUCCUCGAUCUGAUCCAAACCAAGGUCAACUAUGUGGUACAGGAAGCUAUUGUGGUCAUUAGGGACAUUUUCCGCAAGUACCCAAACAAGUAUGAGAGCAUCAUUGCCACUCUGUGUGAGAACCUGGACUCCCUGGAUGAACCCGAUGCUCGAGGCGCCAUGAUCUGGAUCGUUGGAGAGUACGCAGAGAGAAUCGAUAACGCCGACGAGCUGCUGGAGAGCUUUCUGGAGGGUUUUCACGAUGAGAGCACUCAGGUGCAACUCACUUUGUUGACUGCCAUCGUCAAGCUGUUCCUGAAGAAGCCAUCAGAGACUCAGGAGCUGGUGCAGCAGGUCCUCAGUCUGGCCACUCAGGACUCGGAUAACCCAGACCUCCGUGACAGGGGCUACAUUUACUGGCGCCUGUUGUCCACUGACCCAGUGACUGCCAAAGAGGUGGUGCUGUCAGAAAAGCCCCUGAUCUCUGAGGAGACAGACUUGAUUGAGCCCACUCUGCUGGACGAGCUGAUCUGCCACAUCGGCUCCCUGGCCUCAGUCUAUCACAAGCCGCCCAGCGCCUUUGUGGAGGGAAGUCAUGGAAUCCACCGCAAGCACCUUCCUGUCCAGCACAGCAGUAUUGACACAGGCGAGAGCCCCGUGAGCAGUGGUCCAGCCGCCGCCAUGGAUCAGCCACAUGUGAUCCCCAGCCAGGGCGACCUGCUGGGUGACUUGCUCAACCUGGACCUGGGCCCUCCUGUCAAUGUUCCCCAGGUUUCCUCCAUGCAGAUGGGUGCAGUGGACCUCCUGGGGGGAGGCCUGGACAGUUUGCUGGGGGGAGACCUGGGCGGAGGUGUUGGGGGAAGUCCAGCAGUGGGACAAAACUUCAUCCCCUCAUCUGUCCCCAACACUUUUGCUCCAUCACCUACUCCUGCUCCUCCAGCUGUCAGCAGUGGCCUCAAUGACCUGUUUGAGCUUUCAACAGGCAUGGCCAUCACCACUGGAGGCUAUGUAGCCCUGAAAGCGGUGUGGCUUCCUGCAGUAAAAGCAAAAGGGCUGGAAAUCUCUGGAACAUUCUCCCGCCGCCAAGGCCACAUGUACAUGGACAUGUCAUUCACCAACAAGGCCCUGCAACACAUGAACGAUUUCGCCAUCCAGUUUAACAAAAACAGUUUUGGUGUGAUCCCCACCAAUCCUCUGCCCAUUCACACCCCACUCAUGCCCAAUCAGAGUAUUGAGAUCUCCCUGCCUGUCAACACCAUUGGGCCCGUCAUGAAGAUGGAUCCACUGAAUAACCUGCAGGUGGCUGUAAAGAACAACAUUGAUGUGUUCUACUUCAGUGUCCUCAUCCCUCUAAACAUAUUCUUUGUUGAAGAUGGAAAAAUGGAGCGACAGGUGUUUCUGGCUACCUGGAAGGACAUACCCAAUGAGAAUGAGCUUCAGUAUCAGAUCAAAGACUGCCACCUAAACGCUGACACAGUAUCUGGUAAACUGCAAAAUAACAACAUCUACACCAUUGCCAAAAGAAAUGUAGAAGGCCAGGACAUGCUGUAUCAGUCACUCAAGCUAACCAACGGCAUCUGGAUCCUGGCUGAACUCCGCAUUCAACCGGGGAAUCCAAAUUACACGCUUUCUCUGAAGUGUCGGGCCCCUGAAGUGUCUCAUUACAUCUACCAAAUGUAUGACUCUAUCCUGAAAAACUGAGUUCACAGCUACUUUCCUCCUUCUAGAAAACCUAGUGGUCGUUUAUUUUCUGUGUCUGUAGCUAACUGCCAGGACAAGGGAACCCAAGAAGUAAAUGAUAAAUCCAAAUAAAAAUUUUAGGUGUAUUUUCACGUUGAGAAGUCAUUGUUGAUCAGUGGUUGCUGUAGUUGCAGUUUUGGUUGUUUUGGCAGUUUGAUAGAAAUGCUUAUAUCUCUGAUUACACUCCCUGUUUAUACUUUAGUGUCCCAGUAAAGACAUGUUUAUCAUUCCAUCCUGAACCCAGUGUGUUUGUGUUGUGACUGACUGUGAAACUGUCAUAAGAAAGUUUCAAUGACGCCAUAUUUCUAGUUUGUACUGUAAGGCUCCUGUUUCUUCUGCUUUAGGUGUCAUUUUUUUUCUUCUGAUUUGCAUUCAGAAUAUCACCAGAGUUGCUUUGUUCUCUUUGCCAUUAUUAAGCAUCACAAACGGAAACAAGUAACUUUGUUUUACCUUGAGCAAAGUAAAUGUAAUGGAAUAGGUUCAUUAAAAAAAGUGUAACAUUCAGAUGCUAUAAUUAUUUGGUUUACUAUUGUAAAAAAAAAUAAAUAAUUAUAAUUACCAUAAAUGUGAGUGAAAAAUAAGGAUUAAGUAGAAAAUAUGUGAAAAACUCCAAUAAUUGAAUUAUUUGCUAAAUCUUAGUGUUUGGUGUUUGUUCUCAACUGCCAUGUUUUUAUCUAAAAAGUGAAGCUAAUAUUUUACAAUGGAUGUUCAAAUUAUAAGCCUCUUAUAUCUAGCUGGUUAUUGUAAUUUCAGCAUUCCGUUCAUGAAUGAGAAGCAUUGUUAUUCUAACACAUAAAUAUUGCUAAUCAAAAUGUGUUCUCGGAUUGUGUUGUAAGAAAAUGUGGCAAACAGACCAAAAUACCUUUUUAAUUCACCCAUAAGAAAAACCACAAUAGCUCUGUAUUGCUAUACCUUCAGACUAUAAAUAUCAAAAAGCUGUGCAUGGCUUUAUACACAUCAUUCCUAGUUUAUUGUGCAUCUACCUCCACCUUUUCUUUUGUCUCUUUGUUCAUGUAAUGUGCAUUUUCUCGUCCCUUUCGAAUACUGUAUGUUCUGUUAAUGCCAGAUUAAGGAUGUGAUGAGCCAGCCAAAAUCCAGCUCACAGGACCAAGUAUGUUUUGUUUUAAUGUCAUGUCCUCAUGAACUGAUGUUUGCAUUCUGUGGUUUAUACACCCUCAGGCAAAGAGCAGUAGUGUGAUACAAAUAUUAGUGUAUGUUGUGUAAUGAAUAAAAAGCUUUUAUCACCAUGAAAUUUAAAUAAAGAAUUCCCUCUAUUCCAGAAA